GUGCGGCAAAAAUUAAGCACCCGAUCGAGAGGAAGCAUAUAAAUUGGUGAGGCUUACCGAUUUUAAAAAUCGUUGCCGUAAAAAAUGAUAUUCUUACGUUUCGUUUCGUUCGUUAUUCUGGUGGUCCAUAUACAACUGUCGGGCUCUGAGCGCGUAUAUAUGCCUGACCAAGUGGAUAAUAAUUCAAAUGACUUAUCUACGCCCGAAGAAUGUGCACGGAAUUGCGUUGACGGCGAACCGCCUAAACGUUGCUACUAUAGCUUUAACAUUGAAUUCUACACGGUAAUGGGACCUGCUUGCGAUUCGAGGGAGCAGCAAAAUCAAUGCAUUUACGCCGAUGGACUUGAAAAGACAUUAACACCUAUUAAUAGGCAAUUACCAGGACCAAUAAUCGAGGUAUGUAAAAACGAUACCAUUAUAGUCGACGUGAAAAAUGCUGCGCCUGGUCUCGAAGUCACAAUACAUUGGCAUGGAAUAUUUCAAAAGGGAUAUCAAUAUUAUGAUGGUGUUCCUUACGUCACACAGUGUCCAAUUCCAUCUUCAUCGACAUUUAGGUACGAAUUCAAAGUCCAAAAUUCCGGAACGCAUUUCUACCAUUCCCACAUGUCGACGUUUAUGUUAGACGGGCAAUAUGGACCUCUCAUCGUUAGAGAUACUCCAUCGCAGGAGCGUCACUUGAACUUAUACGAUGAGGAUAAACACUUAGUAUUUUUAAGCGAUUGGAUGCAUGAAUUAUCGCUUGAACGUGUUCCUGGUUGGUACAGGCACGAUAUAGGCCAAACUGCACAAAAUAUACUUAUAAAUGGCAGGGGAAAUUGGGUGGAUCCGGUUACCAAAAAGUCUACCAAUGCAAGUAUAUCGGUAUACGAAGUUGAAAAAGGCAAACGGUACAGAUUCCGUAUUAUUAAUUCGUUCAGCACAGUGUGUUUGGCAGAAUAUAGAAUCGAGAACCACAAGUGCACUGUAAUUGCUCAAGAUGGUGCGAACGUGAAGCCUAUAACAGUGGACACAGUAAUUACGUCAGCAGGUGAACGUGUGGAUUGUGUACUAAACGCGUAUCAGAAACAGAGAUCUUAUUGGAUACAAGUACGCGGUCUCGGCGAAUGUCAAGACAAAAAGGUUCAGCAAUUGGCUAUAUUAAAAUAUAAAGGUGCUCGUGAGACUCCACCGACGCCUCCACCCACGUACGAUAAUGCGCCACAGGGUAUUGUAUAUAAUCCGUUGGACGGAACAAAAUGCAAUUCUCCGGAUGUAUCAAAAGCAGUUUGCAUCAAUCAAUUUGAGAGCUUGGACAGCGAAGAUGAUAUGUUAAGAGUCGAGCCAGAUGAGCGGCACAUAUUAGAUUUUUGGUUCUACAAUUACACCCAGUAUGGCGACAGACAACUGUUUUCGAAAAAUUCGUACCCUGGCUUCUUCAACGUAAAUGAUAAAUCUCAGCUAAUUUCUAUGUUCAACGACAUUACAUUCGAAACUCCAUCUUCACCACUGGUGUCGGAUUCAAGGAGUUAUCAAACUAUGUGCAAGCCUAAUCAGCUUAGCACUUGCACCCAACCGUGCGCAUGUGCUCAAGUCAUCCAUGUACAAAAAGGAAGACUUGUAGAAUUGCUAAUAUACGAUCGAAUACCACUUGAGGGUCUCCAUCAUCCGUUUCAUAUCCACGGUUAUGAAUUCAAAGUGUUCGCCAUUGGACAAUUUGCGGACGCUAGAAACAUUUCAAGAACGGAUAUAAAUAAUAUAUUAAACGAACAUCGGCAACGCCUUCAACGGGGAGUGUAUAUAAAUCCACCUGGUAAAGACACUGUUAAAAUUCCAAUGGGUGGAUACACAAUUGUACGUUUCAAGGCUGAUAAUCCAGGAUGGUGGUUACUUCAUUGCCACUUUACCUGGCAUCAUCUCACUGGAAUGGAAUUGGUUGUACACGUAGGAGAACAGAGUGACCUUCCGCCGAUACCAACCAAUUUUCCGGAAUGCAGUAAUUGGAAACCGCCAUAUCAAAGCUUGAAUGAGUUUUAUGGUUACGAUAGAUGUUCCUAAUCUGAUUAGUAUUUUGUCGAUGUCAUAAUAUAAUAAAAUAAAUAUUUAUGUAAUACAUAAUUAGUUGAAUGAAAAAUGUCACCUAUUGCAAAUAAUUUCUACCUGGAAGUAGAAUUAAAUUAUUAUUAGUUUUCAAACAAAUUUAUUCACUGUUUAAACGUGUUAAUUUGAGAACAAAUUAACAGACUCUGUGGAUUUAAGUUUUAGAUACGUGCUCUAUCA